UGCGCGAGGUGGGCGCUCGGGGCGCCAGGUGAGUCUGCAGUCUGCAGCCGCCUCUGCCACCAGUCGCCUGCCGACCAGCCCGCCGUCCGGCCGCCUCGCUGCAUCUGGCCCAGGUAGCAUUCCUACUCACCCAUAAGUUUGCCAGAACAGCUAUGGAACGCAAGCUUCUCCUCUUUGUGGCAGCCACAGUGCUAUUUACGGCUGCCGUAGUGGCCGAGGUAGAGAAGUGUGGUGAUGAACCAGGCAAGUCAACAAUAGAAAACUGUGGUCCGACAUUCCACAACAAAUGUUUCUGUGGAACAACUUGCUACCUCAACAAAUGGUAUUAUGUUGUUAAUUGUACAAACACAGGAUUUACGGAUACAUCAGUUCUUGCUAAUCUUCCACCUGAGAUAGAGGUACUGGUUUUCAAUGGAAAUAAAAUAAGAGAACUACCAUGGAAUGUGUUUGGAAGAUUAAACAACUACACAAAACUGCAAGUAGUUGACAUGUCAAAUAAUGGACUACAAGUUAUUCGUGGGAAAUCAUAUCAUCGAGUCAGUAAUGUCCAGCUACUCAUUCUGAACCAUAAUGAACUAAAUAUUUCUUCAGAUGGUACUGGGAAAGAAAAUUAUCACCAUCCUCGAAUAUUUUCUAAUUUUGAACAUCUUAUGGAACUGCAUCUUACUGAUGCAUUUGCUGAUAACACACCAGAAGGUCUCGCUGAAGAUUUGCAUGAUAUAUUUGUCAAAAGUAAUUUGACACAUCUCAUUAAGUUACAUCUUGAACAAAACGAAAUCCACAGAUUUAAGGAUCCAAAAGUAUUUUGUGAUCUCCCUGCACUGAUGGACUUGCAUCUUGGUGACAAUAAACUGAAAGAUCUUGAUUUUAAUAUUGAAUGUUUACCUAACCUACGUUUCAUUGAUCUGGAAAAAAAUGACAUAUCAGUACUUGACAGCAAACAGCUUGAUAAAUUGGAUAUUUUACCCGCUCGAAACCAAAGCCUGCUUGUCGAUCUUGGUGGAAACCCUUUCACAUGUGAUUGUCGAAUAACAGAUUUUUACAGAUGGUUACAAAACACGCAUGUGGCAGUAAGGAAUAAAGGAUCUCUUCAGUGUCAUUCAGGACUGCCAGAGAGUAAUGCAGGACAAAUUGUUUCUUCACUUCGUCAGAUACAGUGUCCGCCAGAAGAAGCAGCAAGUUCACAACAUCAUGUUAUUCCCAUACUUGUCAGCUUUCUGGUUUGUUUAAUACUUAUAUUUUGUGGAGUUGUUCUUUAUAUGAACUGGUUUAUGAUUAAGAGUCAUGUGACACCUAUUUUAGACAGCAUCUCAAGGAAAGUGCAGUACACAUCUAUUGGUAAACAAGAAGAGCAGGAAAUGGAUGUGUGAUUUUUUGCCGUUAAAACUGACAAAUAACCUUUGUCUGUAUUUAAAACUGCAGUAGGUUCUUUUUAUUUAUUUAUUAUUUUGUUUGAAGCAUAGAGAGCUUAUUGUUUCGGAUUAUGCAUUUAAAGUGUUGUCUGCUCUGUCAUAGUUGACAUGUUUACACAUGUGAGUAAUUCUUCUCUACUUUUAUAUGAAUGUGUGUUUUUUGACUGAUGAAAUUCUUGCUGUAGAAUAUAAAGAAUGGCACUGCAGAUUGUUCUCAAUGCUAAACACAUUUUCUUUGUACUUAACAGUUAUUGCUUUGAUUUAUUCCUUUCAGUUUAAUCAGACAAAUUUAAGAACACUUUUGACCCAUACAGAUACCUGGUUGUACUAACCCACGUGACAUUUUGAUGUAUAAAACUUAACGCGUGUAAAAGUAAAACAUAACAAAUACAUAAGAGCUAAUGACAGUCACAAAUUAUCUACUUGGUGAUGCAUAAGAAAAAAGGUUCACAGUGGUGUUUGAUGAUUUGGCUGAAGUUAAUAAAAGGCUCAAACAAAAGUACAUCAUGCAAGAAGUUCUAUAAUAGAAGGUGCUAUGUGUCACAGGUGAUAUCUCAAUGUUAAUGAAUUAUCUUGUUGGGAUCAAUGUUGACUGUAAUAAUCUUGUCUCUAAAUGUGGCGCCAAUACAAAAGCAAAUUUUAGUAUUGAAUGUUCCAUGUUACAGCUGCACAACCUGACUUUUGCAAGAAUUACCAGCAGAAAGUUAUUGUUAAUAUUGUUAUUAUAUUGUACUAUUUAUGCAUAAACACAUUUUAGUUAAUACACAAAAUUACCAUCUUCAUUGCUGUGCAAGAUUUGUGCAGAAGAAGAUGAUUGUUAUCCCAUCCAACAGAAAUCACUGUGAUUAUUUUAAUUAAGAAAAUGUUGACUUGCGGAUAUUUGGUAUUAUCGUUUUAGUUAGUAAGUUAGUUACACAUUCCAUUGAUUAAAUUUUGUGGCAACUUACUUUGAUGUGGUGAGUGUUAAUAAGCUUACAAAUAAGACAAAUUUAUGAGUAAAUUAGCUACAUAGUUGAUGUUACUUAAUUGGAUUUCUAAUUUUAUUUGAAGCAACAACAAUGUAGAUUAAAACAUAACUUAUCCACCAGUAGAUACUAUCCAAUCAAAUAUUUAACUACAGGGUACAAGGAGUUGCCAAUGAGAAAUGAUUUAAACUGUGUUGACUGUAUGAUAAAACCUUGGGAGAUGGUAAAGUGUUUUUAUGGUUACAUAAUGUACUCUUUUCUGUGCAAGAGUAAGGUCAAGUUGUGGAUGAUGUAGGCUGUUUUCGUCUCUGAUGUUAUGUUUAUGAAUGCUAAGUUACUUUAGUUAUUUUCAAAUUGUGACUGGUUCUUCACAACCAGCUUUACAAAAGAUGGUUGGUUGGUUGGGGGCGAGACCAAACAGCGAGGUUAUCGGUCUACAAAAGAUGAAAUAUGCAACUGUUCUUAGGAUGCAUAGAUUUUUAAACAGUUGCCUUCAUGGGAUUCAAAGUGGACACCACAUAUUAUCCUUAAAUCACAUAUGCACAACUCAGAAGUAGCAUCAUGCUCAAGAAGUGUUAGCCUAAUAAUUCACUCUGGUUGAUAAAAAGAACUAUCAAGGCAUAUUGUUAGAGAGAUUGCCUAAGAUUGUACCCAUUACUUACAUGUAUUCUAUAUGUGAAGCUGCGUGUUUUAAUGGAGUUGUAAAUGAAAAACCAAAAGAUAUAUAAUGCAUUGUCGUGACCCAUAUAGCUUGCCAUAAGUACAGAACUGUCAAGAACUACUAAUUGAGAUUCUCACAGACAGUUGGAUGUGGCUCUUUGAGAUAAUAAUUGACAUAGUAAAAUGUAGAUAAAUCACUGGUUGAAUGAAAAGCUUCAAAUUAUAUCCUGAAGCAAGUAUGUCUGAGUAUGAAGAAGAAGAAAUAAAGCAGACUGAAAAAUGUAUAAAAGCUUUAUGAAUAUUCUUUGUAAAUUUUCUAGUAAUAAAGACCAAUUAUUAACUCA